AUGCUGAGCGCACUUAUCUUGGCUGCUUGCCUUACUGCUGUACUUGCUGAGGGAUACGGAUCCCGAUGCUUUGAUUGCAACUAUGCCCCAUCAGGCUACAGUCACCAGGCUGACUACUGGAAGCGAUCCACCACAGCUGGCUAUGAAGGAUGUGCCCUAUCAAACUACAACGACGCUGACAGCCUUGACAAAUGGUCAUGCAGCUCAGGAACAUGUUUCAUCCGUAGAGACAAGAACGGAAUUGUGUACAGAGGUUGUGCCAACAAAGAGAACCUUCCCCUUGGUGUCAACCCUUACAGCAACUGCCAGUACGUUAACGGAGCCCAGUGGUAUUUCUGCAAGGGAGAUCUCUGCAACAAGGGACAGAUUGGAAGCCACGGACUCUGUGACUACAAACCCUCAUACCGAUCCCACAGCUACAACCCAUGUGACGGCAAAUGCUACGGCAACCCCAGUGGACUCUUCAAGGACAACUACAACCCAUAUGGUUUCAUCCAGUGUGGAUGUGACUUCAAAUAUGACACCUACAGCAAGACCAGAAAGGCCUGUAUCUGCUGCAAGCCCCUCCACGUCAAAUGCCCCAAGGGAACAGCUUUCAACGACUACGCCAAGGUCUGUGACACUGCAAGCUACUCUGCCCCACAUGCUGCCCCUGCCUACCAUGCCCCUGCCUACCCAAGCCAUUAAACAAUCAACCGAGCACCUCCAUUUUGUUUAUUUUAUUGUAAUUUUGUUUGUUUGUCUCAAUAAACAUGUCUUUUUGUUAGCAUA